AGGGUCUCUAUCGGAUGCAUAGUAGGAAGCAGUACUACAUAGUACAUACACUACACUACUAGGUGGGUGGUUAGUAGUCGGUCACAUUAUCUUCUUUGACCCCUAUCCGUAGUAUAGUAGUAGUAUAGUAACUGAGUACGACGUAGAGGGAAUUCUCAGCUUCUUGCCUGUCACUGAUGCAGCCAUGGCGCGGUUAGGCUGCCAUGCACCCAGCCAGUGUGUCACCCACACCCACACACACACAGCUUGGCUUUCCGUCCACGUUCUCGUCCAAUUUCCUUCUAGUCAGCGGGAAAGAAAAAGUCCAAGCAGACAUUACAGGAUGAUGGCUGGAUCCCGCUGCAGGUCAAGUGGAAUAUCCCAACGGGAGGCCGCGCAUUGGCCCGCCCAUCCACCCAUUCAUCCCUCCGGAGUCUCCACGCUCUUAUCCGCCGCCAUGGCUUUUUUUCUUGCUUGCUGAUAUCUAUCUAUCGGUCGUAUUGAUUGCGACUAACCAUGGCCCAGGGUUGCGCCUAGUGCCCGAAUGGGUGGAACCGGCCAUGAAUCAAUGCAAGUGAGACCAUGGCGUUUCAUUCUGACUGGUAUCAUCGCCCUACUCCGACUAUUCCCAGUACUAUUUAUCACUCCUGCAUCCCCUCCCCUUCCCCCUG